AGUUGCUCAUUGUCCGUUGCCCCCGAAUCCCUGGCGGGAGGUUCCGGUUUCGGCAGCUGCCUCGGUCCCCAUGGAGACGGGCGGGGGCCGGUUCGGGGUGUCGGAGACCCUGGGGGCCCUGAACGCGGCGCUGAAGAAGGAACCCGGCCCCCCCGCCUCCGUCUGGUUCAAGGAGAGCAGCGCCCGGAACCUGCGGAGCCGCGACUUCCUGGCCCCCCAGGCCGCGCUGCGGCCUCUCUUCGCGGGGGGGCAGGUUCCCAAAGACAUUAUAGAAGAUGUGAUUUCACUAAACGGCCCUGGAGUACCACCUCUCCAGAGCUGCCAGCAGACCGCGCUGGGGCUGACUGUUCAGUUACAGAGACCUGCUGCCUUCCAGCAGGUCCUGAAUUCUCUUGCUGAGUUCACAAAGCCUUCCCAGUCAGCAAGUGCGCAGAGUAUCAUCCUCAACUGCACACCCCUCCGGAGCCGGAGAAGCCUGGACAUGCUUAGCCUGAGCAAUCUGAGAGCCAUUCUAGUAACUGACCACUUGGCUGAAGUGCUCAGACUACAGGGGAUGACUGUCCACCUGGUUCCUGCUGUGCCUGACGAAGGAAUCCGGAAGUUCCUGCACCAGCUGAGAGUCGACUGGCCCUUAGAGUUGGAAACGACAUUCAUUCCUGAGGAUGUUUUGGCCUUGAAGCAAGUCCUCAGCCAGUGCCCUUAUGCUACAGUCCCAGGACCGGAGCCAGGGCAGACGAGGCUGGCUGAUGAUGUCAUAUUUAAAGUGCAUUUGAAAAACUUCCUGGCGCAGCAGAGCUUGGAGGGCUAUGACCCCAAUCUAGAUGUCUGUCUUGUGACUGAGGAGAAACUGCGGGUCCUGGCAGAGCUGCGACAGAUGGCCCUGCGCUGUGCGGUGAGUAACCCUGCUGCUCUGGUAAACAGGGAACCCAGAGCACCUGCCCUGCUCCUUCCUGGGCUUGGUGGGAGCACAUCUAACCGGGGUGCUGCUUUGCUGCAGGGCACGGGGCCGGGAGGCUGCUGCAGGGUGGUGCAUGUGGUGAGCUGUGAGGGCGAGUUUCAGCAGCAGCAGGUGGAUUUGCUCUGGAGGAUGUUGGACCUGGGAGCUCACACAACCUUGCAGAAACACCUCAUCUGUGGGCCAGUGAAGGUGGCUAACUCCCCCCCUCCUGUGGGGGCACCCCAGUACUUCCAGCUCCGCAGGUGCCAGAUGUACGAAGCUUCGGUCAUGAAGUAUGGAGACCUUGUUCAGGAUGACUCUUGGACUGAGAUCAUCAGCGUCUUGACAUCAGCUGCCAUCAGGUUUGAAAUGCUGAGUACAGCCCAUCAGAGUCAGAUUAUCCUCGACCUGGAGGACAGCAGCAUCUCCACAAAGGGGACGAAAAGCGGAGCCUUUGUGAUGUACAACUGCGCUCGGCUUGCUACGCUCUUCAAAACGUACCAGCAGGCUGUGGAGCAAGGUGCAUACCCGGCCUUCCCCCCAGCAUCAGAACUGAACUUCUCCCUGCUCAGAGAAGAGGGUGAAUGGCUUUUGCUGUUCAACUACAUCCUUCCCUUCCCAGAGACCCUGAGCCAGGCAGCACAACUGCCCCUCUCCAGGAAAGGGAUUCGAAUCACAGCCAGCACGGAGGCGGUGUGCAAGUUCCUGAUCCACCUGAGCAUGGACUUCAGCUCCUACUACAACCGCGUUCACAUCCUGGGGGAGCCACUGCCUCACUUGUUCAGCCAGAUGUUUGCUCGGCUACAGCUGAUGAGAGGAGUGAGAGACGUAAUCCACAGGGCCCUGGCUACCCUCCACCUGCCUCCGCUCAGCCAGAUCUGAGCCCUGCGGCCACCACACAAGUGCCAAAUGGGGAGCGCAGAGUCUGUUCUGAAGCUGUUAGGAGUUAAAGGGUUAACCCUGUUUUAGAGGGUGGGGGAGGGGUUCCCCACAGGUUUAGUUGCUCUCUGGAGGGGCUGGUUGUUUUGGAACAGAAGGGGUUAAAUGCCCUUACCA